CCUCAACUAUCAAAAUUUCUGGCUGUUCACCUCCCAUGGACGACGAAACCUACUUCCCUGAUACUGAUCUCGAUCUCAGCUUCACCUCCACGCCCUCGGGGUCGUUUAUCGCGAUCUGAAACCAGAGAACAUUCUUUUGCGUGAAGACGGACACAUCAUGUUAUCGGAUUUCGAUAUGUGUUUCAAAGCCGACGUGGUGCCGACUCUUCAGAACCGGCUUCAUCGGAUAAGUAAUAAGUUCUGGCUGAGAAGAAACCGGUGCUAUUGUUUCGGUUCCGUCGCGAACCUCCGCGAUUCGGAGAAAAUGGAAGCGGAGUUUAUGGCGGAGCCGGUGACUGCGUUUUCGAAGUCUUGUGUUGGUACACAUGAGUAUUUGGCGCCUGAGUUGGUCUCUGGUAACGGUCGCGGUAACGGAGUUGACUGGUGGGCGUUCGGGAUUCUUAUACACGAGUUGUUGUACGGGAUGACGCCGUUUAAGGGACAGAGCAAAGAGAGCACGCUGCGUAAAAUAGCCUCGAGCAGACUGUUAAAAAUCCAGGUGGAGGAAAAGGAAGAGAAAGGUGUAGCGGAAGCGCGAGAUUUGAUUGAGAAGUUAUUAGUGAAAGACCCAAGGAGAAGGCUAGGAUGCGCAAGGGGUGCGACGGAUAUUAAACGUCACCCCUUUUUUGACGGGGUUAAAUGGCCGUUAAUAAGGAGCUACAUACUGUUGGACGCGCGUGGGUUAGUGAGAAGAACAACGUCGCACGUGAGCAGCACGGUUAACGUUUCCCAUAAGAACCAGCGACGCUGGUGGAAGAUUAUAUCGUUUUUAAGAAAAUAAUAAUAAUAAGGGUUUUAAAAGUAAUUUACUUAAUUUGAAUUGCAAUUAGAAUAAUAAUAAUUACUAUAAAUACUCCUUUGUUAACAGUGACAGUAAUAAAAAUGGGAAGUUAUAUUAAUUAAGUGGGAAAAUUCAGCGAG